CUUUGGAACGUAAAAUAUCUGACUGUUGAAUAGCUGUCAAGAGGUAGGCAUUGGAUCACUACUGAUCUUACUCGCUCACCCACUACACUUGACUCUUCUUUGGUCAUUCAUGCCGCCGACAUUUCAACCUUGUCAGCCGCUCUUUGCUAUUUCUAAACCCAAUCGCGGCUGCGCGACUAUUUACACAUCCGCUCUUUUUUUCCAUUGCUACUCUGAUAUACCUUUUUUUUAUUUAUUUGAUUACGCCAGCCAGACAGGUUCGAUUGAUGGCCAACAAACAACAACAUCUCCACCGUCACCUUUGAAUCAAAAUUCAUCAUCUUCCACAUCUCUCUCUCUCUCUCUUUCGCGACCAAAUCUGAUACUUUGAAAGUAUGGCGAAAGAAGGUUUGGUCAAAAUUGUUGCUCGUAAUGCUGGUUCGUUAGGUGCAAAGGCUGUCGAUCAACCUCAAUUAGCACAAAGGGCAACACAAAUCAUUUCAACCGCAACACAAUCUUUCGAAAAAAGAGCAGCAUCAGUUGUAGCUACUACCCAAGCUGUUGAAGAUACGUCAAAAAAUUAUUCUGGUUUAUCGCCAGUAGAAGUGGUUUUGAUUUUGGCUGUUGUUUUGGGAUUAUUCGUUGUUUUGCUCAUCAUUGGUGAACUUUGCAAAGUUUUCAACAAACCUAGAAAAGAGGCAGCUCCGUAUACACAACAAAAGUUGUUCCAACCGAGCGCAGCAGGAUAUGGUACCAGAGCAGCAACCAAUAAUCUAAAAGUUCCAAACGGGGGAGGGAAAGGUAUGGGAUCACGAUUGAGUCUUUUACAGUUUGCCAGUCCCAUGGGAACAGGUGGUAGAGUGGGCGAUGAUACGAUUGAUACAUCUGUUUCUUCGCAUAAUAGUGGACAGGGGGAUUAUUUUGGCAGAAAGAGCAACGGUCAUACACGUGGUCAAUCGUCUGGCGUUCAAUUACCCGGUGCUGCCACAAUGGCAUCUUCACGUAAAGGUCCAGGUGCACAUCCAAUGUUGAACGGAAACAGUACAUUCGCACCUGAUGGCAGCGGAUUCACGCCAGGACAACCAGUCAACUUUGCCGGCUAUGCUGGACCGAAUUCACCAUCCAGCCCAGAACGAACAACACCCAUGGUGCCCGGACAGGGAAACGUUCCCUCUCACGCACGAGUAGGAAUGGGAAGACCGCCAGCAGCAGACGCCAAAAGGAAAUCUAGAUAUUCUCGUGCGAUGAGCAAAAGGAUUGACAGUAUGGGACCUGGUCAAUUACGUAAAUCGCUAUAUGCAGGAGCAGAUGAUGAUCCGAUGAAUCAUGAUUUGUAUGGAGCGGUAGGAAAUCGAAAAUCAAAGAUGAUCAGAAAACCUUCAACAGAAGAUCGUUCGCCCGAAGAAAUUCAAGCAAGCGGUGGUGCAGGAUUACGAAGGAUUGAUAGUAUGGGAAAAGGAGAUGCAAGGAGGAGGAGUCAAAUUCAGAGCGUCUAUCGUUCUAGUAGGGCGAUAAGUGUUUACAACUCAAAGAAUAACGAUAAGGCAAUCUUUUUAUCUGCUCAAGCGGAUAACUUUGGCGCAGGACGCAUUGAUCCGUUAGGAGCUCGAAGUGCAAAUGGGCCUACAUCACCUGGUGUGAAUGGAAAUUUGAUGCUGCCUAAUCAACAAGGCAGAUUACGAUCAGGUUCAGGAUCAAGCAGUGCAGGUCAAAGUUACGGUCAAAGAACGCCAGGAUCAUCUUCAGAGCCACUUGUGCAACAAUCACCAAACAAUACCCAAUAUUCAUAUUCAUCACAGCAACAGCAAUCAUACGAUAAUGGUUAUCCUAUGGCAGGGAAUCAAUCGGUUGGAGGAGGUUUUAAGCCAGGUUCAAUCAUGCCUUCCGGUGGCAAUGCACCAAUUGGUUAUUCUCAACCGAUGAUGCAACAACAAUCCCAGCAAUCCAUGGCAGCAUAUCCUGGAGGAGGAGCGCCUCGUGUACGACCGAGACAGAUGGCGAUGUAAGGCAAUUCCUUGCAAAACUUUCAUUUUCAUUGAACAUUAUUCAUUCAUUUUUCUCUCUCUCUCUCCCUCACCUCUGUAUACUCUCUCGUGCCCGAGAUCUACUUUCAUUGCUUGUUUUUAUAGACAUAUGUUACCGCAUGAAAUUAUAUUGUCAUCAGUAUG